AUGAAAGAAAUGAAACCGUUGUCUAAAGGGAGUGUGGUUCGUUUGCAGGAUGUCGAAAUUCCGCGGCGAAAGGCGAAGAAGCGGGACCUCAACCCGAAGACGGAGGGCGGUGCGACCGAAGGUAGCAGAACGUCCGAAGCAGGCGCCGAAGGCGGAGUCAAGGCGAGCCUGUCGGAGUCCGUGGUGCCGCGGAAGCGCGUGCGAGGCAGUCCAAAAAAUGACAAGAAGUCGGACGCGGAGACGCGCCCUCCGGAGAACCGCCUGACAGAGGGGCACCCGACAGACAGCCGUCCCGGCGAAGAGAACCGCCCGAACGGAGAGAGCCGUCCGGUCACCGUGGAGCGUGGCGGAAUACCUGCCGAGUCGGUGUUGGUUUCUGUGCAGCCGUCGUCGGCAGCGGCGCUGUUGCCGGACUCUCCGAGUUCCUCGAAUUUGUCUGCGGCUUCAUCGCACGCGUCAGCGGCUUCGUCGCACACGAGCGAGAUGGGGGCGGAGGAGUUGGUGUCGAUCCAGAAGAAGAAGAACCCGAAACGCGGGAGCAGCCGGAAAGUGUAUGUGUCUGACGACGAAAAAAGCGAAGCACGGAGCCAGACACGGAACGUGCCGCCAGGACGGAACGCGGCGUCGAGGCGGGGUGUGGCGCCGGGACGGGGCGGGGCGCCAGGGAGAGGCGGGGCUGUGACGAAGGUAGCCCCGGUCGCGGCUGGAGGCAGCGAUACUUCAGUCGAGGACGACCGGGACCCUACCGAUACGGACUCCCCGACACAGGAAGUCACGGCCGCGGAGGUCGACGCGGUCGGGGAGGUCGACGACAGCAUCGCAGAGUUCCUCAAGUCCCUUGUCGGCAGCCGGUAA